CCUUUUCUCACCGCACCGGCCCUCGGGACGUCGUCUGCUACAUACAGUAGGCCGCCGCCAAUCCUCGACGCACUCUCCGUCAGCCACUCUCCACCAUGGACGUUGCCGGCUUGCGGGACCGGAUCCAGGCGACGCUCGACGCGAAUGCCGCCGUUAGACAGCAGGCCGAGCUCGACCUCAAGCAUGCUGAAGAAAAGCCAGGCUUCACCGGCGGCCUGCUAGACAUUCUCGAGCAGGAGCAACACAACGCCGUGCGUCUGUCGACUGUCGUCUACCUCAAGAACCGCAUAUCCAAGGGCUGGUCACCUGCCGAGGAGUACAGCCAGGCCAUACCCAUACCAGAGGAUGAGAAGACUGCCUUCCGCAACCGUCUGAUCCCCGUCCUCGUCGCCUCUCCACCCCAAGUGCGCCUCCAACUCAUUCCUACCCUCCAGAAGAUCCUCGCAUAUGAUUUCCCCGCCAAAUGGCCGGAUUUCCUCGACAUCACUGUACAACUGCUGAAUGCUGGAAACAUUGAGUCGGUGUUUGCCGGUGUGCAGUGCUUGCUGGCGAUAUGCAAAAUCUACAGGUUCAAGUCUGGCGAGAACCGCGCAGACUUUGACAAGAUAGUUGCCAUGUCCUUUCCACAGUUGCUCAACAUUGGCAACUCACUGGCGGGUGAGACAAGCCUGGAAGCUGGCGAGAUAUUACGGACAGUGCUCAAGGUGUACAAGCACGCCAUCUAUUUCGAUCUCCCUGCAUCUCUCCGCGACCAACAAGUCAUGGUUGGUUGGUGUACCCUAUUCCUGACUGUGGUCGGCAAAGAGCCCCCUGAGUCAUCACUCCCCGAAGACCUCGACGAGCGCGAAGUAAACCACUGGUGGAAGGCAAAGAAGUGGUCUUAUGCAAACUUGAACCGAUUAUACGUCAGAUAUGGCAACCCUACUGCUUUGGGCAAGAACAACGAGGUCGACUACACCGAGGUAGCCAAGAACUUCAUUGCUAACUUUGCGCCUGAGAUUCUCAAGAUCUACCUCCAGCAGGUUGAGAAGUGGGUUGGAAAGCAGGUUUGGCUGUCAAAAGCCAGCUUGUACUACACACUCAACUUCCUCGACGAGUGCAUCAAGCCCAAAACCAUGUGGACUCUGCUCAAGCCUCACACCGACAACCUCAUUGCGCAUCUCGUAUUCCCAGUACUUUGCCAGUCCGACGAAGAUAUUGAGCUGUUCCAGGAGGAGCCACAGGAGUACCUGCACCGCAAGUUGAAUUUUUAUGAGGACGUGACUGCGCCCGACGUUGCUGCCACCAACUUCCUAGUCACUCUUACCAAGAGCCGCCGCAAGCAGACCUUUACUGUGUUGAACUUUGUCAACGAAGUCGUCAACCGCUACGAGGCCGCACCCGACAAUGAGAAGAACCCAAGGGAAAAGGAGGGUGCAUUACGUAUGAUUGGUACGCUAUCUGGUGUCAUUUUGGGCAAGAAGAGUCCCAUUGCGGACCAAGUCGAGUACUUCUUCGUACGACAUGUCUUCCCCGAGUUCCGAAGUCCCCAUGGCUUCCUCCGUGCGCGCGCAUGCGACACCCUGGAGAAGUUUGAGCAGCUCGAUUUCAAGGAUCAGAACAACCUCAUCAUCAUUUACCGCAACAUUCUCGAGUCCAUGGCCGACCCCACACUCCCAGUCCGCGUGGCUGCAGCUUUGUCACUUCAGCCACUCAUCCGUCAUGAUGUUAUCCGAAAUAACAUGAAACAAAACAUUCCUCAGGUCAUGCAGCAACUACUGAAGCUCGCAAACGAGGUCGAUGUUGAUGCCCUGUCGAACGUGAUGGAGGACUUUGUCGAGGUCUUUGCACCAGAGUUGACUCCCUUCGCCGUAGCGCUGAGUGAACAGCUGCGCGACACUUACCUGCGUAUCGUGCGAGAAUUGGUAUCGAGGAAUCAGGAGAAAGGUGAAGAUAGCGAGUAUGGUGACUUCCUUGAUGAGAAGAGCAUCACUGCGCUCGGUGUUCUGCAAACCAUUGGUACCCUCAUCCUGACUCUGGAGAGCACACCCGAUGUUCUCUUGCACUUGGAGACUAUCCUGAUGCCCGUCAUCACCAUCACUCUCGAAAACAAGCUCUACGAUUUGUACAACGAAGUCUUCGAGAUCAUCGACAGCUGCACCUUUGCCGCUAAGAGCAUCUCCGGCACCAUGUGGCAGGCGUUUGAGCUGAUACAUAGGACGUUCAAGGCUGGCGCUGAGCUCUACCUCGAAGAUAUGCUUCCUGCACUUGAAAACUUCGUCAACUAUGGUACUCCCAUGUUGGUCCAAAACCGAGCAUAUCUUGACGCCAUUGUCGACAUGGUCAGGACAAUCUUCAAGGACGACAAGGUUGGCGGCGUCGACCGGAUUUGCGGCUGCAAGCUAGCUGAGAUUAUCAUGCUCAACAUGCGCGGUUCUGUUGAUGACUACAUUCCAGAGUUCAUUGGACUAACCAUGCAUGUACUGACUAAUGAAGAGCCUAAGGUCAAGUCUCUGCGGAUACAUCUGAUGGAGGUGGUCAUCAACUCCAUCUACUACAACCCUGCAUUGGCAUUACACGUGCUCGAGAGCAAUGGAUGGACCAACAAGUUUUUCAGUCUCUGGUUCUCAAGCAUCGACCACUUCACCAGAGUCCACGACAAGAAGCUGUGCAUCUCGGCGAUCUGCGCUCUUUUGACACUGAGAGCCCAGGAUGUUCCUGUCAGCGUACAACAGGGCUGGCCACGUCUGCUACAGGGCGUCACGCGUCUCUUCCAAACACUUCCUGCGGCACUGAAGAACCGCGAAGAAGCGAAGAAGGAAGAUGCAUUUGACUACUCGGCUGAAUUUGAAGAGGAGGAAGACGAGGAGUGGGAGCAGGAAGCUGACUGGAGUAAUGAAGCUGAUGAAGCCGAGGAUGUCAAGGACGAGAGCGCCGCCUAUCUUGACUUCCUAAAUGAAGAGGCACAGAAAUUCAGCUCACUCGACGAUGAAGACGACGAUGAGCUAGAAGAGGAGAGUCUCUUGGAGACGCCCCUUGACAAGGUCGAGCCAUAUGGCAUGUUCAAGCAUGCAUUGCUCCGCCUACAACAAGAGCAACCUGCGCUCUACGAAGACCUUACCAAGAACCUCAGCCCAGAUGAGCAACAAAUCGUGCAAAGUGCCGUCCAUCAGGCUGAUGUCAUUGCACAAGCCCAAGCCGAAGCACGGGCUGCUGCAGCAAACGGACAGCCAUUGCCAUUGCCGCAGUAGAGUGGUUCCAACAACCAAAUCAUUUACCUCAACAAAACGGACAGUUUGCCGACGUGGCACGCAUGUGUGCCUUGACUCAGAGUGCAGCUGAUGAAGGCGACCCUUGGCUGUUUGGGUUGUGACGCCUCGGUUACAAAUACCUAUUGGCAGCCAUGCACAU